UGGUCAGAACCAGAAAAAGUAAGAAAAAGAAAGAAUGGCGUUUACCUAUAAAAUAUGGUCUCCGUAGGGCCGUGUAGUAAAUUGUAGGGUUUCUUGUUGUUACGGUGUUUCUUAGCUGAUUUAAAUGCCAGGUAAUAUAGGUUCAUCCCCUCUUCACCCCCAUACGGGCUUACACACAAUGCCCCCAGAAGAGGUGGAGAGGUUAUCAUCGUUGUUUGAGAAAUUGGAUGUGAAUAAAGAUGGAAAGAUCGACGUUGAAGACCUAUCGGCGGGUUUGCAUGCAAUGGGGAUACCAACCGUUGCUGGGCAAGCAGAGAAAAUGGUUAAAAAAGCUGAUAUAGCAAAGGAUGGUGGAGUGGAUUUUGCAGAAUUUGCACAGUAUGUAAUUGAACAUGAAAAAACUCUCAUGCUGCACUUCAGAAGCAUGGAUGCAAAUGAUGAUGGAUGGAUAAAGAUGGGUCACUAUCCAUAGAUUGGAAUGAGUGGAGGAACUAUCUCUUUCUUAACCCUUCCACAGACAUCCAUGGCAUCAUAAACUUCUGGAGGCACCAAUAUUUUGUUGACGUUGGUGAAGACCUGACAGUACCAGAGGAGUUCACAGAAUCAGAAAUUCAGCAGGGAGUAUGGUGGCGACAUCUAGUAGCAGGAGGUUCGGCAGGCGCCGUGUCUCGGACAUGUACAGCGCCACUGGAUCGACUGAAAGUUUUAUUGCAAGUGAACAUGCAAUACAACGUUGCUGGCAGUGCGACGAUCCGGGCCACCAAGGGAGGAAUGCUGCAGGUGCAUGCGACAAAGGCCAACCAGCUGGGCAUAUUAUCCGGUAUGAAGCACAUGCUACACGAGGGUGGCACACAGUCACUCUGGCGGGGGAACUUCAUCAACGUUCUGAAAAUCGCACCGGAGAGUGCAAUCAAAUUCAUGGCAUAUGAGCAGAUUAAGCGGUUAAUACGAAGAAAUGACCACACUGAUGUUACCAUAGGCCAGAGAUUCUGUGCAGGUUCAGCGGCAGGUGCCAUUUCACAGUCAACUAUAUAUCCAUUAGAGGUACUGAAAACGAGGUUAGCUUUACGGAGGACUGGGCAAUACUCCAGUAUAUCAGACGCCGCCAAGAAAAUAUACAGAAACGAGGGUCUUCUCUGUUUUUAUCGAGGAUAUGUGCCCAACCUGCUAGGCAUUAUACCCUAUGCUGGGAUCGAUCUAGCUGUCUAUGAGUCACUCAAGCGAUGGUAUUUGACGAACCACUCCAAAGUUGAGGACCCAGGUGUGUUACUACUGCUGACAUGUGGCACAGCCAGCAGCACGUGUGGACAGUUAGCCAGCUACCCAUUAGCUCUAGUCAGAACACGACUUCAGGCACUAGGAGUGACAGGAGGCAAGCAGGAUAUGACAAUGUUAGGAAUGUUUAGGGCAAUAUUACAAAGUGAAGGCGUCACAGGACUGUACAGAGGAAUUGCUCCCAAUUUUAUGAAGGUGGCACCUGCUGUUGGCAUCAGUUACGUUGUUUAUGAACACGUCCGACGAGCACUCGGCGUAGAAAUGACAUAAUGCCUAUAGUUAUUGCAAUUCGCCAGCUGUUGUUUUUAUUUCUUUCACGUAUACUGCGGCAGGUAACACCAUAUAUAUUGCAACUGUGGGCAUGCUAAUGUUUCUCGUGACAGCUAUUCAGCAUUGUCCUAUGCCACGGACAGAUGAGACUAGUCAUGUAGUCCUGCAACCUGUAGGUUAAAUGACUGCAUCAGGAGAGUGAGGCGACACAAGUUGUCGGCUGUGGUGCUGAAGUGCUUAUGCCAUACAAACAUAUUUCGCCAUGAUUUUGUGAUAGGUUCUUGAAUCGUAUAUCAAACUCAACAUCGGGUUUGGACGUAACACAGCAUUCCUGUACCAGCAACUAGUCCAUAGGCAUUGUAAGCCACACACAGAUAUAUUGUAAAGGGCAAAUAUUUUAAAGGACGUGAGGCUGAGGAAUGUUGUGUUAAAUACUGAGUAUAUAUUGUUGACGAUGAUAGAAUGAUUUAUAUAGUGUGCAAGUCGGGUAUGAGACAAGCAAGUGUUAUUUCCAUGUACAUAUGGGCCUAGAAAACUCAGCUAGCAUGUUAUGUUCUGCACUGUCUUUGCAGGUUUGUGUUCAUAAAUCUGUGAUGCUUUAUUUUGUGUGCACUGCAGCAUUUAACCGUGUCUGCGUGUUUGACCUAGACCUUAGUAUUGCAUUUGCUUUGUCAUUGCCAAAGUUGAGUCCUCUCGAAUUUCGCUUUCUAGCUACAGAUAAUUGACCAGGGCUCAUCACCUGCAUGUGCUGUUCCUCUCUUCAGAGGCAAUGUUAAGUGCAGUGGGAUGUUGGCGGAUGACUGUUUUGUAGGUAAUAAUUGGCCUACAGCAACUGCCUCUUUGGCAGUGGUUGGAAGGUGUGACGCUUGCUUGUAUGUAAGCUUGCACAAUACAUAGCAUACAAUAGCAUAGCUCUAGUUUUUCUAGCACGUCUUUCCUUAGGUCACUCCGUCUACGAACAUGGAUCUAGCGUUUUGAUUAUUUAUUAUUUUCUGAAAUAUUGUGCGUGAGUGCUUGUAUCGUUUCUGCCAUAGUUGUUAAUUCCCCAAGAUUGAUCUUGCAUAAAUACUAGCACUGUGUACUUCUCCUGCUUGUAGUUUUACCAUGAUGAACUCCCUAUUGCAACUCUGAACUUUUCUUUUAAUGAUAGAAUGCAGUUAUUGCUAAAGAAGAGCUUUUCUCAAGUAGGCAAAUGCAUCCAAAAUAUCUGUUUGUGAGGCAAUUAGCAGUUAUCAAUUGGGAAAUUUACUCUGCCCUCGAAUGAAGCCUAGUCAGGCAGUAGUUGUAUAGGUUCAGUAUUAUACUUUUUGCUUCGUGGCUUGACAUACCCUUACUUAAUUAUUAAAUAAUGAUACUGAACGAUCUAUUCCUCAUGCUUACCUCGUGAGAACAGCUUACACAUUGCCCGUAUGUGGUGUGAUGCUCAUCACCUGCUUUGAUAAGUAGCCAUUCUUCACAGCCUGCUUGCACUGUACCCGUUAGCAAACGCCAACAACCGACGUGGCAACUACAUCAUUCAAGUUGAUAUCGGUGUCCUUAGUAAAUUAUAAAUAGUAAUAAGUAACUUUAUAUACAUAUCUGUUUUGAAUAAUGGUUAUCUCAAGUGUUGCUGUAAAUGUUUGUUUUAUUCUUAUUAUCUUAAAUAAUGAUAUACUUUUUGUACUACUUCUGCAAGGAGAUUGCAUGAUAUGCUUGUCAAUUUUCAUAAAACUUACUCUGAUGAUAAAAUUUGGUGUAGCUUACUUAUUACAUUUAAGAUCUGCUGGCGCACAUCACUGUUCAAAAUUGUCAUGCCCAAAUCUUGCAUAAACUAGUUGUGAGUGAGUAGCUUGCAGUUAAACGCCAAUUUACCAACCAGUAAUGUUUAAUGCUUUACUUUAGUCACGUUUCCAACCGCUUUUACCGCCAUAUGUUCAUGGAAUUCGGAUGGUAAUGAUCUUGGUGUGGUAUCAUAACGAAUUUACGAAAAAAAGGUUAUUUCCCAACAUUCAGAAGUGCCAGCGCGACGUUUAAGUGGCGUCCAUCAUGUGUAUGUAGUGGGUAUUAUACUUGGCUACAAGGAGUUAUGCAUUUCAGAGCCUGCGUAAAUUUGAUAUUGCCUGUGUAAAUUACUUAUUAUAUUAAUAAAACAUUUGAACUUUUUAA